UACAGAGUGAAGAGAGAGAGAGAAGGGAGAGGAGAGGGCAUUAGGGCUUUUGGGCACAGAUUUCUAGAGAAGGCGAGGGCGGCAGCGCUGGAAGGGAGCUAGAGAUCGGCCGCUUGCCGACGCUCUUGUGAGCAACAGAAUGCCUGGCGAUUCGCAGCCCGUUUGUAUGGCGCUGGAAAUGCCCGACGAGAUGAGCAGCUGCAGCUGCUCCAAUUCCGACCACGAGAAUUCGCGGCCGAGCAGGGGUGUGCGAUUGUUUGGAGUGGACCUUUUGAGCAGCGAGGGCAUGAGGAAGAGCGUCAGCUUGAGCAACCUCUCUCACUAUGCGACCGCCUCCUCCAACAACAUUGGCAUGCAAGAGCAUCUGGAUACCACCGAUGGCUACGUCUCAGAUGGCCUCGUCCAGACGAAUUCCAAUGCUCGCGCAAGAAGAAAAGGAGUUCCAUGGACAGAAGACGAGCACAGGUUGUUUUUACUAGGCUUACAGAAGCUAGGAAAGGGUGACUGGAGGGGCAUUUCGAAGACCUUCGUCACGACUAGGACCCCGACGCAGGUUGCUUCGCAUGCACAGAAGUAUUUCAUUAGACAGAGCAACUUAAGCAAGAGAAAGAGGCGCUCGAGCUUGUUUGAUAUCUCCCCUGGACAAGAUUUGAGCUUGCCAGACUCGGCGCUCGCUAAAAACGUGAGCUUGCAAACGUCCUUUCUGGAGCUGGGACUGGGACACGACCGCGUCGCGAUCCCAGUGGCGCCGCCGCUGGAGAAGAUAAUGGAAGAGAAGGUGUUCUUCCCAUCACAGGAGGGCGGUAACCCGAGCAACGGCGUUAACUUCGCGGAGGACAAGGAUGAUCCAGUGGCAACGAAUGAAGAGCCAGUGCCAGGCACUGGCACUGGCGCUGUUGCUGCCCCUCGAGGUAUCACCAUCGAUGCGCCAGCUCCAGCGCUUUGGCUAGAUUUAAGGUCGCAGGCAAGUGCUAUGCCCUCGGAGCAGCAGCAAAACGAGGCCCUCGGCCCGCUCAAGUCCAACGUUGUGAAGCCAGUGGCAUCAAUCUCGACGGGGCCAGUGAGAAUUAUGGAGGACAGAGAACUCGCAGCGACGGGAGGGCCAUCGAUGCUGUCGCUCAAGCUGGAGCAGCCCGUAAGGCACUCGGCGUUUCACGUGAGCUCGGCAUUCGCGAGCGCUGGAGCAGCGGCGGCAGGACUGGAAGCUCCAAUCCAGUGUACGUGAUGGAUGUGAGAUCUCUCUCUCUCUCUCUCUCUCUCUCUCUCUAUUUCUCUCUUUCUCUUAGAAGUAAUCAAGGGAGAGAUCAUGAACUGACGAAGGAAAGCUAGUACUACACUUCUUUUUACUUUCUUUUUUUCUUUUUUCUUUUUUUUCUUCUUUUUCCUUCCGUAAGCAACAAUAAGAGCCAACUUGAAAACUGUAUUUAUUCUAAUUCAAAUUUAAAUAAAUUUCUCUCAGGGAAAUAGCAUAAGAUUCUAAA